UAAUUAAUUGAGUGUUCCGCAAGCAAAAAGCUGUUCAUUCUUAUUGCUGUCCUUUUGUAUCAAUAAGACACGGUGGGGAAUUCAUGACAAAAUGUAUACUAAAAUGCUGUCGAUAAGCGAGGAUCAAGGAUUUCGUUCGUUAAGCCAUUCAGACUCAACCGAAGGUGAUGCCGCAGCUCAGGAUAUACUCACAUGUGGUGCCUGCCAGAAGGCUUUUGCUCUCUCCGACAUAGUGAAAUUCAUACAACACAAGGUACUGCAAUGCAACAAGGAAAACUAUGGCCAAUGUACAAAUCAGGGUCCCUCAAAUGACAGAAUUGAUCCUGAAGAUGGCAGGCCUUUGGGUGUAGUAAAUCGAAGACCUUCCACCUCGGCCCCCAUCAGCACUCGCAAGCCAUCGGGAGGCUCCCGCAUACACACACCACCACCAAGUCCUGCGGAUAUGUUGGCCGAUGGUGCUUCCAGUACACCCAAAAGACUAGUAGAUGAAAAUGACAAUACAACACCCAAGGAGGGAGAUGCAGAGGACAUAAAAACCCCAGCUUCGACUGAAGAACUAUCAACCAUAACCGCAACUAUCAAGCAGGAACUUGACCGCGAUGAUAAUGAAACUGAAACCAUUGAGUGUCACAAUGACAACGAGCAUGAGGCUGAUGAUGACUGCCAACCUAAGACUAAACGGCCCAAAAUCGAGUUUGUCGAUGCUGAAUCCAAUACACUGCAAACAGCAGCAGCAACCUCACCAACAACAGAAUAACCUGAGCAACAAUAGUUCAAGCAAUAGCAACAGUGCUAACAGCUCCCUGUGCCCAGUAUCGCCGAUGGUCAGUAGCAAUCAACAGCAGCAACAGAUUCAACAGCAGUUGCAACACAGGGCGGCUGCAGUGGCGGCAGCAGCUGCUGCUGCAGAACAGCAUAAACAGCAACAGCAGCAUCAGAGCAAUUUGACUGCCAUGCAGAAUGCACAAAACUUGGCUGCAGCUGCCGCAGUGGGUAUGCGUCACCAUGCCCUGCUGCCACCACCGGAUAUGCACUCGUCAAAUCCUUUCAACCUACUGAGAAUGCCCUUGCCACCAGGUCUUGGCCAGGCUCAGGUUGUGCCUGGGGUCAAUCCGAUUUUUUCACGUCCUCAUGCCGAACACUAUCGCAUGGAGCAGCUGGUGUCCGAACAGUUCCGUCAUCAUGGCCUGAAUCUCGCUGCGGCUGCAGUAGCUGCCGCUAAUUCCUUGGCCGCUCCCCAUACCCCCACAUCACAAUUCAAUCAGGGUCCGACUGCCUCAGCGGGAGUGGCUGCCGAACCACGUCCUCCCUCGGCCAGCAGCAGUCAUCGCGGUUCCUCAACGCCGGCCAACCUGCCCCUGAUAACUGGCCAACCCAGUGCCAGCACCAGCGUACAGCCCACCAACCCCAUAACCAUGGAACCGCAGAUGGAUUUUUACUCUCAGCGAUUGCGUCAGCUUGCAGGAACAACAAGUCCUGGAGCUGGAAACAUUGUUAACUCGAGCUCGCCGAGUCCACGACAAAAGCAAUCGCCGCAUUUUGCGAGCCCAUCGCCUUCCCACCAACUCCCACCUACUCCUGUCACAAACAACACUCGUCCACACUCGUUAACGCCCCCCGAGAAGAGUGAUAUGUUGUCCGGUGAAAAUGGUGCGCCCAUCGACAGUACUCCUCGCUCUGCCUCGACACCUCCAUCCAAGCCCAGCCAAGAGACUGCGGGUAGUGCCUCUGUUUUCACCUGUUCAUAUUGCGACAAAAAGUUCCGCUUCGAAAACAGUCUCAUCAUUCAUCAGCGCACCCACACCGGUGAGAAACCCUACAAAUGCACAGCCUGUGAAUUUGAAUGCUCCCACAUUCAGAAGUUGAUGAAGCACAUGCGCGUCCAUCGUAGUCCCGCCGAAGAUGGUCUCAGCAAUGCCGAUUCUGUGGACACCAAUGAGGGCGAUUCGGAUGCCGAACAAGAUGCCGAGGAAAAUCUUGAUGAAGAUAUGAUGGAUGAGGACGAAGAGGACAUGGAAGAGGCCGAUGAAAUCGACUAUGAAGCCGAAGAUUUAAGUGUCAGCAAUAAUCGGCUCGAUGCAAAAAGCGAAAGUCCCAAAGGUUUGAGUGCCGGCGGACCGACAUCUUUAGUGGGCGAGCUGAUGGACAAGUUUGGUUUGUCCAACAUUGCCCAGUACUCGGAAGCAUACAAACAAGCCCUCCAAGAGUCCGGCAGCUUCAAAAACAUUUCCAAAGAUCAUGACAAUAACAAUACCGCCGGCUCUCCCAUGAACCAGAUGACUGAUAAAAUGAACGGCUUCCCUGCCGCAUUAAGGCUGCGUGAGGAGUUUGCCAAAAACAUGUUCCAGAAACCCUCACAGCAAGAUCCGAAUGCACCACCCACACAAGUACCAAUGUUCAAUCCCUUUCAAAAUCCCUUUGAAAUUUCCAAACGAAUGAAAAUGGACGGCAACGACUGGUGGAACAUGCAGGCAUUGCAUCGCAAUGAGGCGCUUUUUGAGAAUCUUAAACUCAAGCCUCUCGGUCUGGGGUCGGCCAAUUCUCUGUUGGCGCAAAACUCACUGAUGAAGAAGGAAAGCCGGCAGCGCAACGACACCUGCGAAUACUGUGGCAAGGUGUUUAAAAACUGCUCAAAUCUCACUGUUCAUCGUCGCAGUCACACUGGUGAAAAGCCCUACAAGUGCGAACUGUGCUCCUACGCAUGCGCGCAGAGUUCAAAGCUGACGCGUCACAUGAAGACCCAUGGUCGCAUGGGCAAGGAUGUGUACCGGUGUCGUUUCUGUGAUAUGCCCUUCAGUGUACCCUCAACGUUGGAGAAGCACAUGCGCAAAUGUGUGGUCAAUCAGGGCAAGGUGGCAGCCGCCAAUGCUGCAAACGCUGUAGCUGCUGCUCAGGCGGCCGCAGCUGCUCAACUACAAAAUCAUCUACCAAAUCCUCAGCAGCUCUCCCCGCCAACAAACGCCUCGUUUCCGCCACAGUUUGCGGGUCUAGGCACCGGUUCAAUAUCCCUGCCUAGCAGCAUCGGCGACAACGAUUCAAAUGCCUCCACCAGCCUGUCUUCGCAACACGCAAUUUCACUGAAGCACGAGGCAUGACUUUAUCCACACUGGAACAACGCUACCGGUUGCUUCAACUCGCCCUCGGCCGUUCUUGUGGCGCCGCCUCACCAGCAGCAACAGCAAGAACCGACAAACCAAAUGCUGAACCAUGCUCAGCACCACCAUCACCAUCAACAUCACCAGCACCACCAACAUCAUCAUCAGCAUCCACUUCCGACGGUUAACCGCAUGUUAUCACGUAUCUUCUAAAGAUAGCCCACCCGAACUGGGUUGACCAAUGUAAAUAGUAAUGUCGCAUAUUGUGAAUACGUCUCCUAAAAACAACAACAACAACACCAGCACAGGUCACUUUCAAAAAGAAUGAUCCUCGCUGAGUGUGUGUUUUGUAAAUAGCGUCAUCAACCCAUCCGGACACUCUGUGCGAAUGCUGUAAACCCCACUUAAAUGUCCUCCCAGCCACCCAUAGUAUACCAAAGCAAUACCAACUCCUAUCAACCUACCCCCUAUCUUCCUGAAGUUCCACUUCCAGCUAAACUGGCUGAGGACUCCUAAGCUUCCCCCAAACUGUGUUGUAGUUUCGUCUUCAUUCCCCCCACUCCCAAAUUCCUCCCCGAUUUUCCUACAACUUCUAUUAAAGAAAAUUUUAGCUAAUCUUACUCCAGUGUAAUCCAGUGAAAUCGAAUUAAGUAGUAAUUGUAAUUGUAUCAUACAUGACUAACUAAACGAAAAAAAAAGCAAAACCCUAAAACUCUAGACAAUUCUGAAUACUUUAGAAAAGAUAAAGAUGAGAAAACACUUUGCCAAAAUCGGCUAGGCAAAUGAACCUCACCCAGGACAGCAUGAGCAUCAUAGAACAGCUGUUCUGAAAUCCUUUUUAAAAUCACCCCCACUCCACCCCACCCCACAUCACUCCUACCUUACUUUUAGUCUUAUUCUACUUGUACUCUUCCGCACCCCCAAAAGACUGACAAUUACUGUUUGCUUUUGGCUGAUCUUGUUUAUUUUUGUGAUCCUCGUUAUUAUCGUUCGUUACCUUGUGUUGUUUAUUAACUGAUUCAUUGAAUAAUUGAUUGAUUGAUUGAUUUAUAUUAACUUGUUUACAUUUUGUUUGGCCACAUGCUGCACUCUGUGUGUGGUGUGUGCGAAUAGGAUCUACUAUUUCUUUUUGUUUGUUUUUCAUUUCGGAAAAAAGGGAGUCAAUUAGGCCGGAGGAGGCCCACUUAUAAAACACAUACACACGCACACACAUACACCUUGUCCCAGACAAGAAAUCACUUCUACUGGCCACUCUGGGGAAUAGAUGGAAGGCCAUUCUCACCCUCCUACCCAAGAAUUGCCACUAUGACUGAUUUCUUGGCUUCCAACUACUACUACUACCACUACUACUAUCUCAAAGAAUUUCCCUGUGCCCUUUCCGCACCUCACCUCAGUGUCUCCCAUGGCCCCCUAAACUAAGCCUUUUGUAAAUUAAUAUUCUUUGCCUUUUUAGUUUUUAAUUAUCCAUAUUAUUACAAUUAUUAUUACUAUUAUUAUUAUUAUUAUUAUUGCUACUGCUAUUAUAUUAUUUAAUUAAUAACUAACUUAACUAAAAUACUACAAGUAGAUGUACAAAGGAAACCGGAAGACAUCUCAUUCAUCAGCUCUUGUAUACACAAUUAUAUUGUAACUGUAAUAAAAGAAAUGAUUUUAGAAUAAUAAAAAUGAAAUGAAUUGAAAAAUCUAAAACGCCAUUGAGUUUCUUCGUUUGUCUCCAUCCCCCCUCACCCCUCUAUAACCAUUUAGUCCUUUUACUAGAUCCACCUAAACGAGCAAUAGAGCAAUGAUCAGGGCUCUUGUCUUCCACAGCCGAGAGAAGGCAGUUAGUUAUCCUUAUCGUCCUCAAUACCAAAUCGUAACAUUUGUAAAUAUGAGCGAUGCUGGGCAACGAUCGGGGCCGCUAAUACAGCAUCCCCAAUUCUUAGUAAUCGUACGAGCGGCAAGCCUGUGCAAAACCCCCUAGUACCAUUUGUAUGUAUCACACACCACUACACCCACACCACAAACCACAUCAUGGUUACAAUAAUAACAAUAAAUAAGAGCGCUGCAUUCUCCCCAGACGCUGUAAUCAAAACUAAGAGAAUCAUCCAUCUUUGAUUAGGUCUAAACACUUGUGCAAAUAUACAUGUAUGUAUGUAUUAUUUAUUCAAUUAUAAGUAGUAAAUUAAGAGUUUCUUAUUAAAAGCCGGCAACGGAAACAAAACAAGGCAAAAAACAAAAACAAAAACAAAAUGCAAAAACAAAAAAGAGAACGUAUGUAUUGUAUGUGUUGAAAUUUCAUAAAAUAAAAAGACAAGCGAAAUGAAAGAACAAUAGAAGAUAUUGAA